AGCAAAGGGGAAAAAGCUCCUGUCUUCGGUGCAGAGGGUGAGUGAGGCAAACAGGACCCAACCUGGGGGGUUUCUCUUCAAAGCCAGCUGGUCUGGCUUUAUUCUACAGGAAUUUUUUACCUGUCAGUUUAAUCAACAAAACCCUCAGCAGGUGCUGACGGGGACAUCUUCCUGGAGAAGAAGGGCACUGGUGCCGACUAAGAGUUGUAAACUGUGAAGUAACUACCAUGGAACAGAUUAAGUAAAACAAAUGACUUUCAAAAUAAAGAGAGUGGACGUGGAACGGAUGCAGGGGUCUGUGAAUUGAAUUGUGUAAGUGCUGAAGAAGGAGUCUUGGUUUGAGGAAACAGGAAAGAGGAAGGAAAGAGAAGAAGAAAAUACAGAAGUGUAGGAACGAACGAAAGAAGAAAAACGGGGACUAUGGGGAGAAAAAAGAUUCAGAUCACGAGGAUAAUGGAUGAACGUAACAGGCAGGUGACUUUUACGAAGAGGAAAUUUGGGUUAAUGAAGAAGGCUUAUGAGUUGAGUGUUCUAUGCGACUGUGAAAUUGCUCUCAUAAUCUUCAACAGCACCAAUAAACUUUUCCAGUAUGCCAGCACUGAUAUGGACAAGGUGUUGCUGAAGUAUACAGAAUACAAUGAACCGCAUGAGAGUCGAACGAAUUCAGAUAUUGUCGAGACGUUGAGAAAGAAAGGACUUAAUGGCUGUGACAGUCCAGAUCCCGAUGCAGAUGAUUCAGUAGGUCACAGCCCUGAGUCUGAGGACAAGUACAGGAAAAUAAAUGAAGAUAUUGAUCUAAUGAUCAGCAGACAAAGAUUAUGUGCUGUUCCACCACCUAACUUUGAGAUGCCAGUUUCUAUCCCAGUGUCCAACCACAACAGCUUGGUAUACAGCAACCCAGUUAGCUCAUUGGGUAACCCCAACCUUUUGCCUCUGACCCACCCUUCCUUACAGCGGAAUAGCAUGUCUCCUGGGGUGACACAUAGACCACCAAGUGCAGGUAACACAGGUGGCCUGAUGGGUGGGGACCUCACAACCGGUGCAGGCACCAGUGCAGGGAAUGGGUAUGGCAACCCACGGAACUCCCCAGGUCUGCUGGUCUCACCUGGCAACUUGAACAAGAAUAUGCAAGCAAAGUCUCCUCCACCCAUGAAUUUGGGAUUGAAUAAUCGUAAACCAGACCUACGAGUGCUGAUCCCACCGGGAAGCAAGAACACAAUGCCAUCUGUGAAUCAAAGGAUAAAUAACUCUCAGUCUGCUCAGUCAUUGGCUACUCCGGUGGUUUCCGUGGCAACUCCUACUUUACCAGGGCAAGGGAUGGGAGGAUACCCAUCAGCCAUUUCAACAACAUAUGGUACCGAAUAUUCGCUAAGUAGUGCAGAUUUGUCAUCAUUGUCUGGCUUUAACACAGCCAGUGCUCUCCACUUGGGCUCAGUAACUGGCUGGCAGCAGCAACAUCUACACAACAUGGCACCAUCUGCCCUCAGUCAAUUGGGAGCUUGCACUAGCACUCAUUUAUCUCAGAAUACAAAUCUCUCCCUGCCUUCUACUCAAAGCCUCAACAUCAAGUCCGAACCUGUUUCUCCUCCUAGAGACCGUACCACCACGCCAUCGAGAUAUCCACAGCACACGCGCCACGAGGCGGGAAGAUCUCCUGUUGACAGCUUGAGCAGCUGUAGUAGUUCCUAUGAUGGAAGCGACAGGGAAGAUCACCGAAAUGAAUUCCACUCUCCCAUUGGACUCACCAGACCUUCGCCGGACGAAAGGGAAAGUCCCUCCGUGAAGCGCAUGCGGCUCUCUGAAGGAUGGGCAACAUGAUAACUUUACUAGCUAUUAGAGGUUUUUUUUUUUCUUGCAGUGCGUGUGUGUGCUAUACCUUAAGGGGAAAGAGGGAGGGGGGUCAAUAUGCAUUAUAUGUGCUGUGUGUGGGGGGGGAAAGUCAGGUACUCUGUUUUGUAAAAGUACUUUUAAAUUGCCUCAGUGAUACCAUAUUAAAAGAUAAACAGCAAUGCUGAAGAGAUGCUUCGCACUUGAGUUGUACAACAGAUCACUUGUACAAAAUAGGUUUUAAGGUUAACUUCUUUUUACUGUUGUGCUCCCUUGCAAAAUGUAUGUUACAAUAGAUAGUGUCAUGUUGCAGGUUCAACGUUAUUUACAUGUAAAUAGCCAAAAACAGAAAAAAGAGGAGGCAUUUGCCCAAUCCUGGGCAGAUCUUUACUGAGAGAGAAAGUGGCUGUUAUGCAACAAAUAGAAAAUGUACAGAUGUUUUGGGAGACCCAGGGUGAUUAAGGAAAAAAAAAGAAAAGGAAAAAUUUAGGUCACUUAGUGUAUCUGAAAAUGCUCACAAAUGUGUUGGCAUAUUGUAUGAGUAUGGCACUCAGUUAAACGGAUCAAAAUCAUUUAAAAGAGGACCAUACUUGUCAAAAAAAUGUUUUGGGAUUCUUUUUUUUUAGUGUGAGGGCUAAUCUAUUUAAUUUUUUUAAAAUUCUGGGUCUGGAUCACUUAUUAAAUAAAAAUAUUAAAAAAUAUGUAAAUUACAUUUUCCUUAUUUUCAUAUUAAAAAGUAAGACAGAGUUUGCAAAGCAUUGUGGCUUUUUGUAGAUUACAUAAGCCAAAAUGUGUUUUCCCCCUUCAUAGCUUUGCCAAUAUUUUAAACAGCCCUGAAGGAAACAAAGGGGGACUUUUUGUAUAGAAAGCACUACCCUAAGCCAUGAAGAACUCCAUGCUUUGCUAACCAAGGUAAUUGUUUUCUCUUUGCAGAAAUUUUGUUUUUGAAAUGUGUAUUUCUAAUUAUAUAAAAUAUUAAGAAUCUUUUAAAAAAAUCUGUGAAAUUAACAUGCUUGUGUAUAGCUUUCUAAUAUAUAUAAUAAUUAUGGUAAUAGCAGAAGUUUUUGUUAUCUUAAUAGUGGGGGAAUUAUAUUUGUGCAGUUGCACAUUUAAGUAACUAUUUUUUUUUCCUUUCAGUUUUUCUUCUAAUCAGAAUACAUUUUACAGAAUCAGUCAGCUGUUGGAGGCUAAUCUGCAAAAGAUUAGGAUUUUCCCUUCCUAAAGCAGCCCAUAUAAUUCUAAUACAUCUGCAGUCAGUUUUGCAUCUUGAGUAGUUCCAUCCUAUAUUUGAACAUGUUCUUCUUACCUUAUUUAUGUUUUGCAUAUCUUGAGGCUUUCUGCCCCUUAGAUCACAACGUGACUCAGCUUUGUCUUGUUUCUAUACAUUCGAUAAAACUAGCAAUCUUUUGGCUGUAAGAGGUAACUCAGAAAGUUUGCACAAACAAAAUGGAAAUCUGGGGUAGCAUCAAAGUGAACAUCAUUUAAAAAAACCCAUAACAAUUACCCCAAAUUUGGUACCCUGACUGCAUAUAUUAUGCCCAACAUUCAGUAGGUUAUCUCAGAACUACAGGCAGAUUCAGGUUCAAAUGUAAUCAAGGAAGAGUGGCCUCGGUGGCCUAGAUAGCCCUUCCAACUCUGUAAUUCUUUACUUCUUGUACUCUUUCAUACAGAGUAAUUGAGGACAGGGAUAGCAGCAAAAGGUCACCAGUCUUAACUUCAAUCUGGCUAUAAAUGUUGAGUUGUUUAUGUCCAAGAAUGAAUUUAUACGUGCAUUACAUUAGUUAUAAUACCAUCAUGUACAGGUAUACUGCAAAAUAAAUCCAAUAAGGUCAAAGGGAUUUGUUUCCAGAUGACUGAAUGUAGGUUUACUCAGUAUUUUGCUAUGCAACACUUGGUGACUUAUGGCUGAAUGUAUGGACCACUGAAAAGUGUUGUGCUUAUUUUGACAUCUGUAUUUAGAUGGUGUGAUGGUUAUAAUGUAAAGCAUGUGCAUCAUGUUGAGUAACUAGAGCUGAACUCCACAGUUCCAUUCAAAUGUAGUAGCUGCUGUAUUUUCUUUGAGCAAUCAGCCCUGCUAUAAAAAUUGACCAUUAUAAUUUUCUAACUGAAUUUGUUUGGUCACCACAGAAAUCCAUUCUGUUCUACUUUCCUCUUAUUGGAUAAAGCUAAUAUUAUCCAUAAUUCCUACCCAUACUUUUAAUUAAGAAUAAUAUCAGAAUAAAAUUAUGCCUGAACAGGGUAUCUAAUUUAUCUUUGACAUUAAUACAUAUUAUUUAUAAUUUAGCAGGCAUAAAAAUGCAUGAAAGUUAUGUCAUUUGCUUUAAAUACUUCCAUACUGGGAUUGAUUCUUGAAAGGAAAGGUGGGGGUUUUUUUCCCCAUACUAAAUAAUGUGUGAAUGGUAUAUCUGGAUUCCCAGUGCUGUAGGAGAGUCCCUUUGUAUAUAUGACUUAGUCUACUUUAUUCUUUAUAAUUGUUUUAUAUUUCUUGGAGCUUUAACAUCUGUCAUGCAAAUUAAGUCUUGGUGGUCCACCCUGCUGAGCUGAGUGAGCGAGUGAGUAAACAAGUGAUGUAGCUUAUUUUCUUAGGACCGGAGGGCAGGGAAGAGAUGUAGGAUGGAAGAAAUAUGAGUAAUUUCUAGCAUGUUAGAGUCAAAACACAGCUCAUGAUGCAGUUCUUUUAACUGCUCGUUUUGAUACAGUAUCAAUAUAAAGCAGAGUGAAAAAUCUAGAGCGCUAUUCACUCUUUACUACUUAAUCCAGUUGCUGAUUAAUCUGUGAUACCUUUCCAGAGUCAUGAACAAGCAUUAGCAAAUCAACUGACUUUGGCAAAUUUUAAUGGAGACAUAUAUGUCUACAUAAGAAUACAAGCAGUGAAAACUCUGUUUGAUUAAGGAUACCAACCAAAUAUAGAUGUAAGGCUUUGUUCACUUUUAACAAAAUCAAUAAUAAUGACACCUAUACCACAGCUGUAGUGUCAUAGCUUAUGAUUCCGUGCUGGCUCAGCAGUUGCUUUUUCUUAUCCUAAGCAUUUCUUGACUAGCCCAGAAAGUCUUGGAAGUAUGCUGAAGCCAUAUCAUUUGCAUGUAUGUUCUAGAUAACAGAAAAGCUGCAUUGAUAAUGCAUUAAUUCCACCAAUGACUUUAAACAGAUACAAGUGCAUUAAAGAAAGUGAGAAUGGGGCCAAUGUUUGAUUUUCCUAACUUCAAUCAGGCUUCCAAAUGAUUUUCUUCACUUUAACAUUUACCAUCACUUGAGAACAUUCAUCUUCAACAGGAAUUAAAUAUGCAAUACGGUAUGUGGCCAUUUUUUAAAAAGGGAAAAAGAAAGAAAUAAUAUUUGGCUUACCAGUAUGGUUGUACUGUAAGUCAUUUGUCAAUGUGGGUGGGUGAUAGUGACAGCCAUGCACAUGCAAACAUAAAGUUACUGUUGAGACUACUGUUCAGAAUUGAAGGGAUCUGUGCAUGUGAACCAAUGGAAAUAAGCUCCUCCCACUCAGCCAGGCAAUUGUGAUCUUGAACAAAGCUAAAUUGUGCAAGAAUGGAUAUUACUAUUUCUUCCUUUUUCCACUAUUGAGCUAAACUAAAAUAUAGAGGCACAAAAUCUAGGGUUAACUGAACAUUGUAAAUGGAUUUAAUUAAUAAAGAAGCACAAUGUUUAAUGGUGAUGUUGCUUUCUAAAAGCUUUAGUGGUCAAUCCUUAACUGUUCUUUUUAUCUAUACCUUAAUAAUUUAUGGUAAAGCUACAAUGGAGGGACUUAAUGGUGUGAUUCUUUUGUAUUUAAGCAGUUUUGGGGCAGUGCCCCAAAAAGGAUUGAGACUUUCUUCAACCUGGGCGGAACAAAGUUAAAGGCAACACGCAAUAGCCAAAAAGACGUCUUCUCCCCUUAAACUGAUCUUUAUUUUGGAAAAGGCUUAUUAAUGAAAGGAAAAGCCUCUUUUCUGAUGACAGUAUAUGAUAUACACCACCCUUUCCAAAUCUAGUGCCUUUUGAAUAUAGUGUCACAGUAAAAUUCCUCCCCUAAAAGGAAAUAAGCAUUGGCCAUAUCUUAGCUAAGCAAGCUUAGCUUAGCUUGUAAUCCAUAUAUGAAGAAUACUAGGUUGGGAAAAGCUAAUAGAGAAAAAUCUGCACACAUUUAUAUAUUGUAUGCAUGGGUUUCAGAAAAGGAUUUUUUAAAAAUCAUUUCAGUGCUUUAUCAACGGGCGAUAUUUUACUUUUCUUUUUUGGGGUAACUAAAUGAUUUAUAUUUUUCCCAGGAGUGGAAUUUAACAUUUUUAAUAAUAUAGUGAUAUCUGCUGUUCUCAGAAGGUUUUUUUUUCCCCAAACAAAGCUAAAAUGCAAGAAUAUCUGCUAUGCUGUUUUCAAGAAUGUCAAGAACCCCUUUUUGUAUUGUUUGACUUUGUCUUAGCUUUUAUCCAUCUCCCUCAUAGAUGCAACAGUGUGGUUUGGUUUGGUUUUUUCUUUCUUUCCUGCUGCCUCUAGAGGGCAAAUGCUUUGCCUUUAUGUCCCAAAAAGCCACUUGAAACCUCAAUAAAUGCUAUUGCCUAAACCCAGC